GGUUCCAUAGCAAAACAGAAAGACCUUAGAAAGUAUGGAUAAGGUCAAUGUUAAUGGAGAAAAUGUGAAUGAGCUACUUCAAGCUCAUGCUCAUGUGUGGAAUCACAUUUUUAACUUCAUAAAUCCCAUGUCCUUAAAAUGUGCUGUUGAAUUAGGUAUCCCAGAUAUCAUUCAAAACCAUGGCAAGCCCAUGACUGUUACCGAGUUGGUCGCUGCACUACCAACGCUCAACCCUACCAAGGCAUGCAACAUCUACCGGCUCAUGCGUAUUUUAGUUCAUUCGGGCUUCUUUGCACAACAAAAGCUUAGCGAUGACUCCCAAGAAGAUGGUUAUGUUCUUACCAAUGCUUCUCGUCUCUUGCUUAAGGAUGAUCCCUUAAGCGUUACACCUUUUCUGAAAGCUAUGUUGGAUCCAGUUUUAACAAAGCCUUGGGAUUUUCUAGGCAUCUGGUUCCAAAAUAAUGAUUGUACCCCAUUUGAUACAGCUCAUGGGAUGACAUUGUGGGAAUAUGGUGGUCAUGACCCAAAGCUUGGUAAUUCUUUCAAUGAAGGCAUGGCUAGCGAUGCUCGAUUUGUUAGUAGCGUUUUGAUUGACAAGUGUAAGGGCUCAUUUGAGGGAUUGAAUUCGUUGGUGGACGUUGGAGGGGGCACAGGAACACUGGGAAAGGCCAUUUCUGAUGCAUUUCCAAACUUGGAGUGCACUGUUUUUGAUCUUCCUCAUGUUGUCGCUGGCCUACAAGAUAGCGGGAACUUGAAAUAUGUUGGAGGCGAUAUGUUUGAUGAUGUUCCAGUUGCAGAUGCAGUUUUACUGAAGUGGAUAUUACACGACUGGAAUGAUGAUGAAUGCUUGAAGAUUUUGAAGCGAUGUAAAGAGGCCAUUUCAAAUCAAGCCAAAGGAGUGAUGAUAAAAAAGAAGGUGAUUAUAAUAGACAUGGUAUUGAUGGAAAAUGAUAAAGCGAAUGAUGAAACCUCGAGAUCGAUCGAAACGCAGCUUUUCUUCGACAUGUUGAUGAUGGUGCUGCAGACAGGUAGAGAGAGGCGGGAAGAAGAAUGGUCUAAGCUAUUUUCUGCGGCGGGUUUCAGCGACUAUAAAAUUACUCCUAUACUGGGUUUAAGAUCUCUCGUUGAAGUUUACCCUUAAUUAAAAAAGUUGUUCAUGUAGUUUUUAUUUAAUUUCCCUACGUCCACUUCUGCUUAUCAAAUAAAUAUGAUUGUGUAUCGAAAAUAAUAUGAUAUUUGAA